GACACAGGCCAGUCAACAUGGCACUUUCUCAAGCAAAGAAUCUCAGACACUUUCUUAAGACAUUUCAAGUCCAGCGAGUCCUGAGUGCCAACACCAUUGCUGUGGCAGCAGUUAAAGAAGACCUUGGUAAUGUUCUCAGUGAAAUCAAAGAGGCUGGUCUCUGGAAACCUGAGAGGAUUAUUACAUCAAAACAAGAUUCUGCUAUUGAAGUGAAAGGGUCCAAGGGAAAAAUUCUGAACUUUUGUGCCAAUAAUUAUUUAGGCCUAUCAAGUCACCCAGAUGUUAUAGAAGCAGGCAAGAGAGCCCUUGACAGUCAUGGUGCUGGACUUAGCUCCGUCAGAUUCAUAUGUGGAACACAAGAUCUACACAAGGAACUUGAAGCAAAAAUUGCAAAGUUUCAUGGCAUGGAAGAUGCUAUUGUGUACGCCAGCUGCUUUGAUGCUAAUGCAGGUUUGUUUGAACAAAUUCUGAGUUCUGAGGAUGCAGUUCUGUCCGAUGCCCUGAAUCAUGCGUCUAUCAUUGAUGGGAUAAGACUUUGCAAAGCUCAGAAGUAUCGGUACAAUCACAUGGACAUGGAAGAUCUUGAAUCCAAACUAAAGGAUGCUCAGAAGUGCAGACUAAGGUUGAUAGCCAGUGAUGGGGUCUUCAGUAUGGACGGGAAUGUUACUCCAUUAAAGGAAAUCUGUGAUCUUGCAGACAAAUAUAAUGCCUUGGUAUUCAUUGAUGAGUGUCAUGCUACAGGCUUCUUUGGCAAAACUGGAAGAGGAACUGAUGAGUACACGGGCACACAGGGCAGGGUGGAUAUCAUCAACUCCACACUGGGAAAAGCACUGGGAGGGGCAUCAGGUGGGUACACGGCUGGACCCAGAGAGUUAACGGAGCUGCUGCGUCAAAGAUCACGUCCGUAUCUGUUUUCUAAUGCAUUACCCCCAGCAGUAGUGGCGUGUGCCAUCAAGGUACUUGACAUGCUUCUUGAAGGAACUAACCUCACUGCCAAGGUGCUGUCUAACACAAAACGUUUUCGCUCCAAGAUGACGGCUGCGGGAUUCAACUUGGGAGGUGACCCAGACCACCCCAUCUGCCCAGUGAUGUUGGGGGACGCUAAAUUAGCAAAUCAGUAUGCUGAAGAAAUGCUGUCAAGAGACAUCUAUGUUAUUGGGUUCAGUUACCCAGUGGUUCCCAAGAAUACGGCCAGAAUUAGGGUUCAGAUAUCUGCUGCUCACAGCGAGGAGGACAUUGAUAAAGCCGUGGAUGCCUUUGUGGACAUUGGACGCAAACUGAAGGUCAUUCCAUGAGAUGGAGUAUGGAAUUGGGUCUACCCAACUAC